AUGGGUUUAUCUAUUUCAAAACUCCUUCAAGGCCUUUUUGGCAAAAAGGAGAUGCGUAUUCUAAUGGUUGGUUUGGAUGCGGCUGGUAAAACUACUAUUUUAUAUAAGCUUAAAUUAGGUGAAAUCGUUACAACUAUUCCUACCAUUGGCUUCAAUGUUGAGACUGUGGAAUAUAAAAAUAUUUCUUUUACUGUUUGGGAUGUUGGUGGUCAAGAUAAGAUCAGGCCACUUUGGCGUCAUUAUUCAAAUGAUCGUGAACGUAUUUCAGAGGCUCGUGAGGAACUUCAACGUAUGCUUAACGAAGAUGAACUUCGUGAUGCACUUUUAUUGGUAUUUGCCAAUAAACAAGAUUUGCCUAAUGCAAUGAAUGCAGCAGAAAUUACUGAUAAACUUGGACUUCAUUCUCUUCGACAACGUCAUUGGUAUAUCCAAGCCACAUGCGCAACGAGUGGUGAUGGUCUUUACGAAGGUUUGGAAUGGUUAAGUACUAACUUAAAACGAAAGGUUUAA